AUGCAGCAACCUGAAACCCAGCAGACAACUCAGCAAACAGCGACAGAAAUACUGGAUCCAACGUCAUCCUGUCGUCCAUCCUCAGCUCACUACCUGCGUCGCAGGAAAACGGCUCUGUGGGUGACGGUGUCCCUGCUGGCUCUUGCUAUUUUGGUGCUGACUGUGGGUCUGAUCUCUACCACUCGCACCGACAACGUGCCUGUUGCUGGAUAUUACUCCGGCAUCACCCUGAGUUUUGGAGCAUUUCUGGGCAUUGUUGGCAUCCACCUGGUGGAAAACCGCAGAUCCAUGCUCGUGGCAGCGAUCAUAUUCAUCAGUAUCGGAGUCGUCGCUUCUUUCUUCUGCGCCAUUGUGGAUGGGAUCAUCGUUUCAGAGUUCAUUGACACGAGGCCCAUAGAGGAGGACAUGUGUGACUUUUACUCCAGUGGAGCGGGCUACGCCUACGACAGCUACUAUUCCGAGCCUCUUUGACUCUUAAAUCCUCUGACACUUCAGGUGACCUGCCGUUCGUUCGACAAAACGUGCAAGCUGAAGCUGAGGAGCAACACCUGCUACUGCUGCUACCUGUACAACUGUGCGAGCACCGAGUUCCACUCACAGUACUACGAGUUCACCGGGGUCAACAGCUGCUGGGAUGUGAUCCACCUGCAGCGUCUGCUGUGGGCCUCCGUGGUGCUCAACGUGCUCUGCUUGUUCCUGGGCAUCAUCACCGCCGCCAUGCUCGGAGCGUACAAGGAUAUGCAUAAGCCGACUUCUCAGAUGGCUGCCAGCCCCACACCGCCACCACACAUCCUGUACAACCCGACGCAGCACAUGCUCACCUACGCUAGCUUCUGCCCUUCAGGACAGACUCUGCCCGCCUACCCCAACUAUCCAAUACCCAUGCAGCAUAACAGCAGCUAUCAGCCACCUGCUACUCCCCAGAUGAUGCCCGAGGGAGGCCAUGCCUCCAACCCCUGCCUGUCUGAGGAGAACCAGAACCAGCUGCCUUCUCAGGCUCCUACCCAGCCACAGUCUCAGGGAGCCACCCAGGAACCAGGGGGCUACAUGCUGACACCCAACGCUCCUGUCCUCUACGGGUCCGCCUACAACCCCUUUGAGAAACCUCCACCGUACGCCUGCUGA